GCACUCUGUCCACCACGCCGUGCUAACAGCGGUUGACACCAGGAUUGCGCGAGUCAAGCUUAUUUUGUCACCCUGCGAUUAUCGGGGCAUUGUUGGCGGCAUUACCGGCGGUACACACCGACACGCACCCCCGUGUGGAUCGGGGUUUCUCCUCGCACCUGUUCGGUAUGAUCGUCCGGCGCAGGUGAGACAAAGAGGAACAACAUCAGGACCCCAGAACUUCAGACAUGCCGGAGACGUUUCCCGCCCACCCCGGCGAGUCUGCCGACCAGGCCGAGCCCGCGCCCGAGAUCAAGCAGUCGCAGAUAUCAGCUACUCUCAGAUGGUUGACUGAGAACUAUGAGCGGGCAGAGGGAGUGUGUCUGCCGCGGUGUGUUCUCUACACGCACUACCUGGACUUCUGCAAGAAAAUGAAGUUCACGCCGGCCGGGGCAGCAAGUUUUGGAAAGGUUAUACGACAGAAAUUCCCUAAACUGACAACCAGAAGACUUGGAACAAGAGGACAAUCAAAGUAUCACUACUAUGGAAUCGGCAUCAAGGAAACAUCUAUUUACUACCACUCUGUGUACUCCGGCCGGGGGCUCACAAGGUUUUCUGGAAUCAAGAUCAAGACGGAGGGCUCAAGUCGGAAAUACUCCCUGAGCUCCAAGACCGGCACUCUUCUCCCCGACUUUCCAGACUCACAGAACCUCGUGCUUCCAGAUGACGUCGAUAGAGAAAAGGUGGAGACUUUUAUUAUGAUGUACCGUACCCAUUGUCAGAGGAUACUGGACACAGUCAUCAGCGCUAACUUUGACGAGGUGCAGAACUUCCUGCUGCACUUCUGGCAGGGCAUGCCUGAACACCUGGUGGCGCUGCUGCAACUUGACGUCAUCAUGGACAUUGUUGGGCUCUGCGACUCCAUUUUGUACAAGGUGCUGAUCGAUAUUCUCAUUCCAUCAACGAUUCAAGAUCUUCCGGAAAGUCUGAGUACAGAAGUCCGCUUGUUUGCCAAAAGACUGCCUGGCUGGGUGAGAAACUCCAUGGAAGACAUUCCAGAGAAACUCAAGGAGAAGAAACUUCAAGUUGUGAGGUAUUUCAUCAAGUCACUAAGAAGACAAACAUCGUUUGUUCAUCUUGCCCAGACUGCCAGGACAGUCCUCCUGAAUCACGACAACAUCACACAGAUGGUGACAGACCUGCACGACCUGGAACACAGGACUAUCCUGUCCCAGGCCAUGUUCCCUUCACCCGACCAGCGAACCACACAGGGCAGGCUGUCCAAGGAACGUUCGUUCCAUCUGCUCCAUAUGAUGCUGGACGAGUAUGUGUACUUGGUCGUGGAGACCCAACAAGCCAACACCAUGGAAGUUGACUUACUCAACAACCUCAAACGGCACAUGAAGACAGCGGGUGAAAUCAGCACCAAACCAAAAGUUCGCCAAACGCCUUCAUCAAACGGACUGCAGAAGAGUAAAAAGCGGAAACCAGAGACAGGGGCUGUCAACUCCGGAGAGGCUCCAAACGAUGCUCCAGACCAAACCGUCGUGGGGAGAAAUUCGUCCACCGAUCUGAACAGCCUCGUACCUGCGGAACGUCUGACGGCCUUCUCCCGGCCACAGACGAACGGUUACGGCGGGAACCAGGUCAGCCCUACCGUCAGGUCUCUCCCCGGCUACUUCCCCUCCUCCGCCUCCCUUCCUCACUACACUCCGGUCAACCACUACCCCUCCCCGUCUGCCAGCGCGUUUGAGAGAGGGAUAGACUACUACCAUCAGUUCUCAGGCUAUAACGACCCGUACAGUUCUGUCAGCGCCUUCUCCAGUAGCCCGCAGGGUGCCAGGUACGGGGACGCGAUGUCGUACCGCAACACGGGGGCCAUGCCGGCCUUCAACCAGGCGGCGGCGUCCUCCUACUGGCAGAACGGCGGCGGCAUGACGCCGUCCAGCUACGCCGAGAACUUGCACAACAAGGGUCUGAUGGGCACAGCCGCCGGGUACGAGAUGGAGAAGCGGAACGAGAUGUACAGAAGCCGCGGACUGAUACCGCCAGGCGGGCCGUAUGAAGAGGCGCAGGGAUACAUCCCGUCUGCUGCUGGAUAUACUUACGGUGGACGGGGAGGAAACACGAUGGAUUCCAUUUAUGGCAAAGCCAAGUACAUGGAAAUUGUGCCUUCAGAGCCGGUGUAUGGUCCAGAGCGACAGGACACGUUUAUGUCGCGUGAGGAGAUGUACGCAGCAACUCUGGGGACGUACCUCCCACAGAUGAACAAACCUUACAACAUGGGACCCUACCGCUGAUCUACCAAUCAACGCACGGUGUUCAGCUGUACAUCCAAUCAACGCUGAUAACCAUACUGUUGAUCAACCAAUUAACACACGGCGUGCAACUGAACAGCCAAUCAACAUUGACAACAUAGCGCCCUACCGCUGAUCAACCAAUCAACGCACGGCGUUUAACUGUACAGCCAAUCAACGCUGGCAACAUGCAUGGGGACCCUACCGCUGAUCAACCAAUUAACGCACGACGUGCUACUGUACAGCCAAUUAACACUGACAACAUGGGACCCUACCGCUGAUCAGCCAAUCAAGACACAGCCGUGCGGCGUACAACCGUACAGCCAAUCAACUGUGACUGACAUGUUGAUGAGUCUCAAUAACCAUCCAAUGAAUCAUUAUGAUGGUCUCAACAAUCAACCAAUGAAGGUUGAUAAUGUAUAUUCACCGAUCCAUUUGUCAAUCAACUUGAGAUCAUACCAUUAUUCAACCAAUCAAAAAGCUGAUGAGAAUAUAGUACGUGGCGCACAACAAUGGCCAUCAAACACAGAACACUGGGACUAUCGAGACUGACAACACGGGGUCAUUUAUAUCGUUUUUGACAAUAUGAACAUUGUGUGCAAGGAUAAAAAUGAAUCGAAUUUGCUAAACAAAACUUUAUACCGAUAAUAUUUAGCAUUGAUAUAGGUCGUGUACACUGCAGUGAAGUGUGUGAUGAAUUGUUGCAUUUCUUCAGUCAACCCAUUAGAGGAAUUAUUGAUUGUUGUUGAUGUCGGUGUUGCAUAUCUGUUUGAAGACUGUACUAGACUUUAUAUACCGAAUACACAAGAUG